GCUCGUACUACAGAGCCACACUGAGGUCUCUGCGCGUAUCGCAUAGCGUUGGGAAGCUGGCGGACAGAGAGAAGUCUUGCCGUUCUGACUGGAUGAAUUCACGAGCGCACAGGAAGACGUAAAUAAAGAUCCGAUACGGCGUCGAUUGCAAGGACAGCCCGGGCUCCGGCUAAUUCCUUUAGGUGGCAUUAGACUCUCGCACAGCCUCAUUAAAGGAGCUUGGAUCAGUGUUGCUCUCUGCGCUCUUCUCUCCCGCUUGUCAAACCAAAAUCCCGAGCAAGCCAACGCGCUUACCUGAAAGGACACGCUUGCUUUGGGUGUGUGUUUGUGCUGUUUCCAACAGGAUAAUCACUUUCAACAAAUACGCACGAGUUACCCAUCGUCGCCGAAGUCAAAUCACGGGGAUUACGUUUGUUUGCAAAGCUCUUGACUGCAGAGACCGUAUGUGUGUCCCCCUCCGCUCUGUGUAGAGUAAAGUGCUGAUAAAUCUCCUGUGACUGGACUCGGGACCUGAGUGAGGAGCUUCUCGGAACUGCACUUGAUAGCAGCGGUUGGGACGAACCAGGACUGACCAAAAUUCGCACCUGAGCAGCUGAGGGGGAAACUGAAAAUCCGGCGAAAAUGCCUCUUGCACAAAUCGCGGAGCCAUGGCCCACAAUGGAACUAGUGCAGCUCGAAACGGAGAAUGGACAGAGCACUACAGAGGACGGAGUCACAACUGCUGUCAAGGAAGAUGGAGACAUCAAAGAGAUCAACAUCACCCAUGUGGUCAAGGAGGGCUCAGAGAAAGCUGAUGCCUCUCAGUUUGAACUGCUCAAAGUCCUGGGACAGGGAUCCUUUGGCAAGGUGUUCCUGGUACGAAAGGUGACUCCUCCCGAUGCCAACCAGCUCUAUGCCAUGAAGGUCCUCAAGAAGGCCACACUAAAAGUCAGAGACCGUGUGAGGACCAAGAUGGAGCGAGACAUUCUGGCAGACGUCAAUCACCCAUUUGUUGUCAAACUGCACUAUGCAUUCCAGACUGAAGGGAAGCUGUACUUGAUCCUGGACUUUCUCAGAGGAGGGGAUCUUUUUACUAGACUCUCCAAAGAGGUGAUGUUCACAGAAGAGGAUGUGAAGUUUUACCUAGCAGAACUGGCAUUAGGACUGGACCACCUUCAUAGCUUGGGUAUCAUUUACAGGGACCUCAAACCUGAAAACAUUCUUCUGGAUGAGGAGGGACACAUCAAACUCACAGAUUUCGGCCUGUGUAAAGAAGCCAUUGAUCAUGAGAAGAAAGCUUAUUCCUUCUGUGGUACUGUGGAGUACAUGGCACCAGAGGUCGUGAACAGGCAGGGACACACCCACAGCGCCGACUGGUGGUCGUUCGGGGUACUAAUGUUUGAGAUGCUGACGGGGGCGUUGCCAUUUCAAGGGAAGGACCGCAAAGAAACCAUGAAUCUCAUUCUGAAGGCUCGUCUUGGAAUGCCUCAGUUCCUGAGUGCAGAGGCCCAAUCUUUGCUCAGGGCUUUGUUCAAAAGGAACCCUGCCAACAGACUGGGAUCUAAUGCCGAUGGCGCUGAGGAGAUUAAGCGGCACGGUUUCUUCUCCACCAUAGACUGGAAUAAACUCUUCCGAAAAGAAGCAAAGCCUCCGUUCAGACCGGCGGUCGCACGUCCGGAUGACACUUUCUACUUCGACUCCGAGUUCACCUCCCGCACACCUAAAGACUCCCCUGGUGUACCCCCCAGUGCUGGAGCUCACCAGCUCUUCAGAGGCUUCAGCUUUGUUGCAUCAACUCUGUUAGAGGAGGAUGGUUCAUCAGAGCCAGUGCAGGCCCCACCGCAUCCAGUGGUUCAGCAACUACACGGGAAAAACGUGCUUUUCAGCGAUGGCUACGUACUGAAGGAAGAUAUAGGGAUGGGCUCUUUCUCCGUCUGUAAACGUUGUAUCCACAAAGCCACCAACACUGAAUACGCUGUCAAGAUGAUUGACAAGACAAGCACAGACCCCUCUGAGGAAAUAGAGAUUCUGCUUCGAUAUGGACAGCACCCUAACAUCAUAACACUCAAGGAUGUGUACGACAACGGUAAGCAGGUGUUCAUGGUGACGGAGCUGAUGCGUGGAGGAGAGCUGCUGGAUCGGAUCCUCAAGCAGAAGUUCUUUUCGGAGAGAGAGGCCAGCGCUGUGCUGCACACUAUCACCAAGACUGCUGAGUACCUCCACUCACAAGGGGUAGUGCACAGAGACCUGAAGCCCAGCAACAUCCUCUAUGUCGACGAGUCGGGGAAUCCCGAGUCAAUCAGAAUCUGUGACUUUGGCUUCGCUAAGCAACUGCGUGCCAACAAUGGCCUGCUAAUGACCCCGUGCUAUACUGCUAACUUUGUAGCUCCUGAGGUGCUGAAGCGUCAGGGCUAUGAUGAGGGAUGUGACAUCUGGAGUCUCGGGGUUUUGCUGUACACCAUGCUGGCUGGUUUCACUCCAUUUGCCAACGGACCUGAAGACACUCCAAAUGAAAUCCUGAACAGGAUAGGCCACGGCCACUUCAGUCUGACUGGUGGUAACUGGGACUCUGUGUCUGAUGCCGCCAAGGACCUGGUGUCCAAGAUGCUUCACGUUGACCCCCAUCAGAGACUGACUGCUAAGCAGGUUCUCAAACACCCAUGGAUUGUCCGCAGAGACAAGCUGCCCAACAGCCAGCUCCCACACCAGGACCCCAAGCUGGUCAAGGGUGCAAUGGCAGCCACUUACUCCGCCCUGAAGAACUCACAACCUACUCCAGAGCUCAAGCCCAUUGAGAGCUCCUUCCUUGCUCAGAGGCGUGUCAAGAAACUUCCCUCCACCUCUCUGUAGAGACUCUGAACAGCCAAUCAGGUCACAGGAGUCUGAUCAAAACCACACCUCCUGGCUCCAAACCACCCUGUCAGCUUGCUCGGGGACUUGGUGUCGACCCGCCAAUACCAGCCAAGGAACACUGACUGUGGUCCUGCCCCCAUCUUGUGACAUCAGUUGUCCCGCUCUAGCUAUCUUCCUCCUUGUGUGGGCUCGCCAGCUGCAGCUGUUAGCCGAUCUCCUUUUGCCUAUCAAAAUAUCAUGACGAUGGAUAGGGGCAAUGAGGGCGAAAAAAAAAUACAAAAAAAUGUAAAAAAA